AUGGUUGAUAUCAUGAGCCCAGUAAUUACUAAUUCAUCCGCAUCCGCACCUGAAAAUACGAUCCUUCAUCGUAGUGGAUCUCUUGAAGAGAUAGACAAGCAAGCCAGCAGACGUCCAGCCAGCCAGCAGCGUCACAGCCAAGCAGCAGCAGCAGCAGCAAAAGCGGUUGCAGCUUUCCAGCAGGCAAGCCAGCAGCAGCGGUCCAGCAAGCAUCAGCGGUCCAGCCAGCAGCAGCAGUCCAGCCUGCAAUCUGAAGCAGCAGUCCGGCCAGGCAGCAGCAUUCCAGCCAGCCAGCCCGCAGCAGCAGUGGUCCAGCCAGCAGCAGCGGUCCAGCCAGCAGCAGUGGUCCAGCCAGCAAUAGCGAUACAGCCAGCACGAGCAGUCCAGUCAGCAGCAGCGAACCAGCCAGCAGCAGCAGUCCAGCCAGCAGCAGUGAUCCAGCCAGCAGCGGCGGUCCAACCAGCAGCAGUGGUUCAACCAGUAGCAGUGAUCCAGGAAGCAGCAGUGAUCCGGCCAGAAGCAGGCAUCCAGCCAGCAGCAGCAUCCAGCCAGCAGCAGAGGUCCAGCCAGCAGCAGCUAACCAGCAGCAGCAGCUGUCCCGCCAGCAGCAGCGGUACAGCCAGUAGCAGCGGUCCAGCCAGCAGCUGCGAUCCCACCAGCAGCAGCGGUCCAGCCAGCAGCAGCAAUCCAGCCAGCAAGAGUGGUCCAGCCAGCAGCAAUGAACCAGCCAGCAGCAGCGGUCCAGCCAGCAGCAGCGGUCGGGCCAACAGACGAGAUCAAGCCAGCAGCAGUGAUCAAGCCAGCAGCAGCGACCCAGCGAGCAACAGCGGUCCAGUCAGCUGCAGUGAUAAAGCAAGCAGCAGUGGUCCAGCCAGCAGCAGAAACAUCAGCAGCAGCAGCAGCAGUGGUAGCAGUCGCAGAGUCCAGUCAGCCAGCCAGCAGCAGUGGUCCAACCAGCAGCGGCGGUCCAGCCAGCAGGAGCAGUCCAGCCAGCACCAGCAGCAGCAGUUCAGCCAGCAGCAACAGUCCUGCCAGCAACAGCGAACCAGCCAGCAGCAGCAAUCCAGCCAGAAGCAGCGGUCCAGCCAGCAGCAGCGGUCCAGCCAGCAGCAGCAGCCCAGCCAGCAGCAGCACCAGCAGCAGAAACAGCAGCAGCAGCAGCAGUACCAGUCGCAGAGGCCAGCCAGCCAGCCAGCAGCAGUGGUAAAGCCAGCAGCGGCGGCCCAGCUAGCAGCAGCGGCACAGCCACCAGCAAUAGUCAUGCCUGCAGUAUCGGUCCAACCAGCUGAAGCGAACCAGCCAACAGCAGUGGUCCAGCCAGCAGCAGUGGUCCAGCCAGCAGCGAUGGUCCAGCCAGCAGCAGCAAUCCAGCCAGUAGCAGCGAUCCAGAAAGCAGCAGCGAGUUCCAGCGAGUCAGCCAGCCAGCCAGCAGCAGUGAUCCAUCCAGAAGUGGCGGCCCAGCCAGCUGCAGCGGUCCAGACUGAAGCAGCGAUCCAGCCAGCAGCAGCAGUUAAGCCAGCAGCAGCAGACCAGCCAUCAGCAGCAGUCCAGCCAGCAGCAGUGGUCCAGCCAACAGACGUGGUACAGCCAGCUGCAGCAUUCCAGCCAGCAGCAGCGAUCCAUUCAGCGGCAGUAGUCCAUCCAGCACAAGCGAUCCAACCAACAUCAGUUGUCCAGCCAGCAGCAGCGAUACAGCCAGCAGCAGCGAUCAAGCCAGCAGCAGCGGUCCAGCCAGCUCCAGCCAGCCAGCAGAGUCUAGCCAGCCAGCAGCGGACCAGCCAGCAUCAGCGGUCCAGCCAGCAUAGGCCAUCCAGCCAGCAGCAGCUGUCCAGCCGUCAGCAGCAAUCCAGCCAGGAGGAGCAUUCCAGCCAGCAGCAGCAAAUCAGCCAGCAGCAGCGCCAGCAGCAGCGGUCCAGCCAGCAGCAGAAACAGCAGCAGCAGCAGCAGCAGCAGCAGCAGCAGCAGUACCAGUUGCAGAGGCCAGCCAGCCAGCCAGCAGCAGUGGUAAAGCCAGCAGCGGCGGCCCAGCUAGCAGCAGCGGCACAGCCACCAGCAAUAGUCCAGCCUACAGUAUCGGUCCAAGCAGCUGAAGCGAACCAGCCAACAGCAGUGGUCCAGCCAGCAACAGUGGUCCAGCCAGCAGCAAUGGUCCAGCCAGCAGCAGCAAUCCAGCCAGUAGCAGCGAUCCAGAAAGCAGCAGCGGUACAGGGAGCACCAGCGAUCCAGCCAGCAGCAGUGGUCCAGCCAGCAGCAACAAGAGCAGCAGCAGCGGUAGCAGUUGUAGAGUUCCAGCCAGCCAGCCAGCCAGCAGCAGUGACCCAUCCAGAAGUGGCGGCCCAGACAGCAGCAGCGGUCCAGACUGAAGCAGCGAUCCAGCCAGCAGCAGCAGUUAAGCCAGCAGCAGCAGACCAGCCAUCAGCAGCAGUCCAGCCAGCAGCAGUGGUCCAGCCAACAGACGUGGUACAGCCAGCUGCAGCAAUCCAGCCAGCAGCAGCGAUCCAUUCAGCGGCAGUAGUCCAUCCAGCAGAAGUGAUACAACCAACAUCAGUUGUCCAGCCAGCAGCGGCGAUACAGCCAGCAGCAGCGAUCAAGCCAGCAGCAGCGGUCCAGCCAGCUCCAGCCAGCCAGCAGAGUCUAGCCAGCCAGCAGCGGUCCAGCCAGCAGCAGCGGUCCAGCAAGCAACAGCCAUCCAGCCAGCAGCAGCUGUCCAGCCGUCAGCAGCAAUCCAGCCAGGAGGAGCAUUCCAGCCAGCAGCAGCAUAUCACAGUGGUCCAGCCAGCAGCAGCAAAUCAGCCAGCAGCAGCGGUCCAUUUAGCAGCAGCGGUAAAGCCAGCAGCAGCAGUCCAGCCAGCAGCAGCGACCCAGCUAGCAGCAGCGUUCCAGCUAGCAACAGUGGUCCAGCCAGCAGCAGCGAUCCAGCCAGCAGCAGUGGUCCACCCAGCAGCUGAAACAGCAGCAGCAUCAGCAUUAGCAGUCGCAGAGGCCAGCCAGCCAGCCAGCAGCAGUGGUCCAGCCAGUGGCAGUGAUCCAGCCAGCAGCAGCGUUCCAGCCAGCAGAAGCAAACCAGCCAGCAUCAGCGGUCCAUUUAUCAGCAGCGGUCCAACCAGCAAAAGCUGUCCAUCUAGCAGCAGUGAUCCAGCCAGCAGCAGCGAUCCAGCCAGCAAUAGCGGUACAGCCAGCAGCAGCUAUCCAGCCAGCAGCAGUGGUCCAGGCAGCAGCAGCGAUCCAACCAGCAGCAGUGGUCCACCCAGCAGCAGAAACAGCUGCAGCUGCAGCAACAGCAGCGGUAGCAGUCACAGAGGUCCAGCCAGCCAGCGGCAGUGGUCCAGCCAACAGCGGCGGUCCAGCCAGCAGGAGCUGUCCAGCCACGAGCAACGGUCCAGCCUGCAGCAUUGGUCCAACCAGCAGCAGCAAACUAGCCAACAGAAGCAGUCCAGCCAGCAGCAGCAGUCCAGCCAGCAGCAGCGGACCAGCCAGCAGCAGCGAUCCAGAGAGCAGCAGCGAUCCGGUCAGGAACAGCAGUCCAGCCACCAUCAGCGAUCCAGCCAGAAGCAAGAUCUAACUAGACAGCCAGAAGCAGUGAUCCAUCCAGCAGUGGCGGUCCAGCCAGCAACAGCGCUCCAGCCAGCAGCAGCGGUCCCGCCAGCAGCAGCGAUCCAGAUAGGAGGAGCGGUCCAGCCAGCGGCAGUGAUCCAGCCAGGAGCAGUGGUCCAACUAGUUGCAGCAAUCCAGCCAGCAGCAGUCAUCCAGCCAGCAGCAGCGAUCCAGCCAGCUGCAGUGGUCCUGGCAGCAACAGAAACAGCAGUAGCAGCAGCAGCAGCAGCAGCCGUGGUAGCAGUCGCAGAGGUCCAGCCAGCCAGCCAGCACAACAGUCCAGCCAGCAGCAGCGGUCCAGCCAGCAGCAGCAAUCCAGCCAGCAGCAGCGAUCCAGCCAGCAGCAGCGAUCCAUCCUGCAGUGGUGGUCCAGCCAGCACCAGCUGUCCAGCCAGCAGCAGUGAUCUAGCCAGUGGUAGCAACAGCAGCAGCAGCAGCCGUAGUGGUCGCAGAUAUCCAGACAGACAGCCAGCAGCAGUGGUGCAGCCAGCAGCGGCGUGUCAGGGUGCAGCAGCGGUCCAGCCAGUAGCAGCGGUCCAGGCAGCAGCGGCGAAUCCAGCCGGCAGCAAUGGUCCAGCCAGCAGCAGCGAUCCAGCCAGUGGCCGUGGUCCAUCUAGUAGCAGCGAUCCAGCCAGCAGUGGCAGUCCAGCUAGCAGCAACGCUAUAGCCAACAGCAUUGAUCCCACCAGCAGCAGGGAUCCAGCCAGCAGCAGCGAUCCAGCCAGCAGGAGUGGGCCAGUCAGCAGCAGCGAAGUAGCCAGCAGCAGCGGUCUAGCCUGCAGCUGUGGAUCAGCCAGUAGCAGCGGUCCAGGCAGUAGCAGCGAUCCACCCGGCAGCAGAGGUCCAGCCAGCCAGCGAUCGAGCCAGCAGCAGUGGUCCUCCCAGCAGCACGAACCAGCCAGCAGCAGCGUCCAGCCAGCAGCAGCGGUCCAGCCAACAGCAGCGGUUCCGCCCACUGCAGCAAUCAAUCCACCGGGAGCGAUUCUGUCAGAAGCAGCAAUCCAGCCACCAGCAGCAGUAGAGCCAGCAGAAGAGGUCCAGCCGCAGCACAGCGGCAGUACAGCCAGAAGCAGUGGUCCAGCCAGCAAUAGCAGUCCAGCCGGUAGCAGCAGUCCAGACAGUAGCAGCGAUCCAGCCAGCAGCAGUGGUACGGAUAGCAGCAGUGAUCCAGCCAGUGACAGUGGUCCAUCCAGCUGCAGCAAUCCAACCAGCACCAGUUGUCCAGCCAGCAGCAGCGAUCCAGCCAGCGAAAUUGGUCCAGCUGGCAGCAGUGGUCCAGCCAGCAGCAACGGUCCAGCCAGCCAGCAGAGUCUAGCCAGCCAUCAGCAGUCCAGCCAGCAGCAGCGGUCUAGACAGCAUCAGCCGUCCAGCCAGCCAGACGGCAGCAGUGACCCAUCCAGCAGUGGCGGUCCAGCCAGCAGCAGUGGACCAGCCAGCAGCAGCGAACCAGCCAGCAGCAGCGAACCAGCCAGCAGCAGUGGUCCACCCAGCAGCAGCGAUUCAGCCAGCAGCAGCGAUCCAGCCAGUGGCGGUGGUCCAUCCAGCCGCAACAAUCGAACCAGCAGCAGUUGCUCAGCCCGACGCAGCUAUACAGUCAGCAGUAGUGGUACAGCCGGUAGCAGCGUUCCAGACAGCAGAAGUGAUUCAGCCAGCCAGCAGCAGUCUAGCCAGCCAGUAGCGGUCGAGCCAGCAGCAGUGGUCCUGCCAGCAGCAGCAACAGCAGCAGCAGCAGCAGCAGCAGCGCGAUCCAGCCAGCAGCAGUUGUACAGCCAGUGGCAGCGAUCCAGCCAGCAGCAAGGGUCCAGCCAGCAGCAGCGCUGCAGCCAACAGCAGCGAUCCCACAAGCAGCUGCAGUCCAGCCAGCAGCUGCGUUUCAGCCAGCAGGAGUGGUCCAGCCAACAGCAGCGAACCAGCCAUCAGCAGAUUUCCAUCCAGCAGCUGCGGUCGAGCCAGCAGCAGAGGUCCAGGCAGCAGCAGCGGUCCAGCCAGCAGAAGCGAUCCAGCCAGCAGCAGCGGUCCCGCCAGCAGCAGCGAUCCAGUCAUCAGAAGCGGUCCAGCCAGCAGCAGCAAACCAUCCAGCGGCAGCGGUUCAGCCAGCAGCAGCGGUCCAGCCAGCAGCAGUGGUCCGGCCAGAGCAGUGGUCCAGCCAGUUGCAGCGCUCCAGCCAGCAGCAGUCAUCCAGCCAGCAGCAGCGAUCCAGCCAGCAGCAGUGGUCUUGGCAGGAACAGAAACAACAGCAGCAGCAGCAGCAGCAGCAGUGGUAGCAGUCGCAGAGGUCCAGUCGCCCAGCCAGCAGUAGUGAUCCAGCAAGCAGUGGCAGUCCAGCAAGCUGCAGCGCUCCAUCCAGCAGCAGCGGUCCAGCCUGCAGCAGUGGCCCAGCCAGCAGCAGUGAUCCAGCCAGUAGCAGCGAUCCAACUAUCAACAGUGGUCCAGUCAGCUGCAGCGAUACAGCAAGCAGGAAUGGUCCAGCUAGCAGCAGAAACAGAAGCAGCAGCACCAGCAGCAGUGGUAGCGGUCGCACAGGUUCAGCCGGCCAGCAAGCAGCAGUCGUCCAGCCAGCAGCGGCAGUACAGCCAGAAGCAGCGGUCCAGCCAGCACCAGCAGCAGCCAUCCAGCCAGCAGGAGUGGUCCAGCCGGCAGCAGCGGUCCAGCCAGCAGCAGCGGUCCAUCCAGCCAGCAGAGUCUAGCCAGCCAUCAGCGGUCCAGCCAGCAGCAGCAGUCCAGCCAGCAUCAGCCAUCCAGCCAGCAGCAGCAACAGCAGCAGCAGCAGCGAUGGCGAUCACAGCGCAGCAGUGGUCCAGCCAGCAGCAGCGAUUCAGCCAGCAGCAGCGAUCCAGCCAGCAGCAGUGGUCCAUCCAGCUGCAACGAUCCAACCAGCAGCAGUUGCCCAGCCAGACGCUGCGAUCCAGCCAGCAGCAGUGGUCCAGCCGCAGCGAACCAGCCAGCAGCAGCGGUCCAGCCAACAGCAGCGAUCCAGCCAACAGCAAUGGUCCAGCCAGCAGCAGCAAUCCAGCCAGUGACAGAGGUCCAGCCGGCAGCAGCAAUCCAGCCAGCAGCAGUUGUACAGCCAGUGGCAGCGAUCCAGCCAGCAGCAAGGGUCCAGCCAGCAGCAGCGCUGCAACCAACAGCAGCGAUCCCACAAGCAGCUGCAGUCCAGCCAGCAGCUGCGUUUCAGCCAGCAGGAGUGGUCCAGCCAACAGCAGCGAACCAGCCAUCAGCAGAUUUCCAUCCAGCAGCUGUGGACAAGCCAGCAGCAGAGGUCCAGGCAGCAGCAGCGGUCCAGCCAGCAGAAGCGAUCCAGCCAGCAGCAGCGGUCCCGAUAGCAGCAGCGAUCCAGUCAUCAGAAGCGGUCCAGCCAGCAGCAGCAAACCAUCCAGUGGCAGCGGUUCAGCCAGCAGCAGCGGUCCAGCGAGCAGCAGUGGUCCAGCCAGUAGCAGCGGUUCAGCCAGCAGCAGCACUGCAGCCAGCAGCGGCGAUCCCACAAGCAGCAGCGGUCCAGUCAGCAGCAGUGAUCCAGAUAGCAGGAGCGGUCCAGCCAGCGGCAGUGAUCAAGUCAGGAGCAGUGGUCUAGCCAGUUGCAGCGCUCCAGCCAGCAGCAGUCAUCCAGCCCGCAGCAGCGAUCCAGCCAGCAGCAGUAGUCUUGGCAGCAACAGAAACAGCAGCAGCAGCAGCAGCAGCAGCAGCAGCAGUGGUAGCAGUCGCAGAGGUCCAGUCAGCCAGCCAGCAGUAGUGAUCCAGCCAGCAGUGGCAGUCCAGAAAGCUGCAGCGGUCCAUCCAGCAGCAGCGGUCCAGCCAGCAGCAGCGGCCCAACCAGUAGCAGUGAUCCAGCCAGUAGCAGGGAUCCACCUAUCAACAGCGGUCCAGUCAGCUGCAGCGAUACAGCAAGCAGGAAUGGUCCAGCUAGCAGCAGAAACAGAAGCAGCAGCACCAGCAGCAGUGCCAGCUGGCAGCAGUGAUCCAUCCAGCAGUGGCGGUCCAGCCAGCGGCAGCGGUCCAGUCAGCAGCAGCGAACCUGCCAGCAGCAGCGAUCCAGCCAGCGGCAGUGGUUCAUCCAGCUGUAACAAUCCAACCAGCAGCUGUUGCCCAGCCAGACGCAGCGAUCCAGCCAGCAGCAGUGGUCCAGACGGUAGCAGCGUUCCAGCCAGCAGCAGUGGUUCAGCCAUCCAGCAGCAGUCUAGCCAGCCAGUAGCAGUCGAGCCAGCAGCAGUGGUCCUGCCAGCAGCAGCAACAGCAGCAGCAGCUGCAGCAGCAGCAGCGCUGAGGUCGAGCCAGCAGCAGAGGUCCAGCCAGAAGCAGCGUUCCAGCCAGCAACAGUGGUCCAGUCAGCAGCAGCGGUCCAGCCAGCAAAGCGAUCCAGCCAGCAGCAGCGAUCCAGUCGGCAGAACUGAUCCAGCCAGCAGUAGCAAACCAGCCAAAGGCAGCGGUACAGCCAGCAGCAGCGGUCCAGGAAGGAGCAGUGGUCCAGCCAGUAGCAGCGGUUCAGCCAGCAGCAGCGCUGCAGCCAGCAGCGGCAAUACCUUAAGCGGCAGUGGUCCAGUCAGCAGCAGCGAUCCAGAUAGCAGGAGUGGUCCAGCCAGCGGCAGUGAUCCAGCCAUGAGCAGCGGUCCAGCCAGUUGCAGCGGUCCAGCCAGCAGCAGUCAUCCAGCCUGCAGCAGCGAUCCACCCAACAGCAGUGGUCCUGGCAACAACAGAAACAGCAGCAGCAGCUGCAGCAGCAGCAGCAGUGGUAGCGGUCGUAGAGGUCCAACCAGCGAGCCAGCAGCAGUGAUCCAGCCAGCAGUGGUGGUCCAGCCAGCAGUAGCGGUCCAGCCAGCAGCAGCGAUCGAGCCAGCAGCGGCUGUCCAGCCAGCAGCAGUGAACCAGCCAGCAGCAGCAGUCCAGCAUGGAGCACCGGCCCAGCCAGUAGCAGCAGUCCAGCCAGCAGCAGCAACCCAGCCAGUGGCAGUGAUCCAGCCAGCAGCAACGAUCCAGCCAGCAGCAGCGGUCCAUCCAGCAGCAGCGGUUCAGCCAACUACAGCGAUCCAGCCAGUGGGAGCGAUCCACCCAGCAACAGUACUCCAGUCAGCUGCAGCGAUACAGCAACUAGGAAUGGUCCAGCUAGCAGCAGAACAAGCAGCAGCACAAGCAGCAGCACAAGCAGCAGUGGUAGCGGUCGCAGUGGUUCAGCUGGCCAGCAAGCAGCAGUGGUCCAGCCAGCAGCGGCAGUACAGCUAUAAGCAGCGGUCCAGCCAGCACAAUCCAACCAGCACCAGUUGUCCAGCCAGCAGCAGCGAUCAAGCCAGCAGGAGUGGUCCAGCCGGCAGCAGCGGUAGAGCCAGCAGCAGCGGUCCAGCCAGCCAGCAGAGUCUAGCCAGCCAUCAGCGGUCCAGCCAGCAGCAGCAGUCCAGCCAGCAUCAGCCAUCCAGCCAGCAGCAGCAACAGCAGCAGCAGCAGCGGUGGCGAUCACAGCGGUCCAGCCAGCCAGCCGGCAGCAGUGAUCCAUCCAGCAGUGGCGGUCCAGCCAGCAGCAGCGGUCCAGCCAGCAGCACCAGCAUCAGUGGUCCAGCCGGUAGCAGCGUUCCAGCCAGCAGCAGUGGUUCAGCCAGCCAGCAGCAGUCUAGCCAGCCAGUAGCGGUCGAGCCAGCAGCAGCGAACCAGCCAGCAGCAGCGGUCCAGCCAACAGCAGCGAUCCAGCCAACAGCAGUCGUCCAGCCAGCAGCAGCGAUCCAGCUGGUGGCAGCAGUCAAGCCAGCAGCUGCGAUCCAGCCAGCAGCGGUCGUACAGCCAGUGGCAGCGAUCCAGCCAGCAGCAAGGGUCCAGCCAGCGGCAGUGCUGGAGCCAACAGCAGCGAUCCCACAAGCAGCAGCAGUCCAGCCAGCAGCUGAGUUUCAGCCAGCAGGGGCGGUCCAGCCAAAGGCAGCGAACCAGCCAGCAUCAGCAAACCAGCCAGCAGCAGUGGUUCACCCAGCUGCUGCGGUCCAGCCAGCAGCAGUGGUCCAGCCAGUAGCAGCGGUUCAGCCACCAGCAGCACUGCAGCCAGCAGCGGCGAUCCCACAAGCAGCAGCGAUCCAGUCAGCAGCAGCGAUCCAGAUAGCAGGAGCGGUCCAGCCAGCAGUAGUGAUCCAGCCAGGAGCAGCGGUCCAGCCAGUUGCAGCGAUCCAGUCAGCAGCAGUGGUCCUGGCAGCAACAGAAACAGCAGCAGCUGCAGCAGCAGCAGCAGCAGUGGUAGCAGUCGCAGAGGUCCAGCCAGCCACUGCACAAACAGCAGCAGCAGCACCAUUAACAGUCGCAGAGGCCAGCCAGCCAGCUAGCAGCAGUGGUCCAGCCAGCGGCAGUGAUCCAGCCAGCAGCAGCGGUCCAGCCAGCAGAAGCAAACCAGCCAGCAUCGGCGGUCCAUUUAGCAGCAGCGGUCCAUCCAGCAAAAGCUGUCCAUCUAGCAGCAGUGAUCCAGCCAGCAGGAGCGAUCCAGCCAGCAAUAGCAGUACAGCCAGCAGCAGCUAUCCAGCCAGCAGCAGUGGUCCAGGCAGCAGCAGCGGCCCAGCCAGCAGCAGUGGUCCACCCAGCAGCAGCUGUCCAGCCACCAGCAACGGUCCAGCCUGCAGCAUUGGUCCAGCCUGCAGCAGCAAACUAGCCAACAGAAGCAGUCCAGCCAGCAGCAGCGAUCCAGAGAGCAGAAACGAUCCAGUCAGGGACAGCAGUCCAGGCACCAUCAGCGAUCCAGCCAGAAGCAGUAGUCGAGCCAGCAGCAGUGAUCCAGCCAGCAGCAAUGGUCCAGCGCAUAGCAGCAACAGCAGUGGCAGCAGCAGCAGCAGCAGGAGAGGUACUGGUUGUAGAGAUCCAGCUAGGCAGCUAGAAGCAGUGAUCCAUCCAGCAGUGGCGGUCCAGCCUGCAACAGCAGUCCAGUCAGCAGCAGCAGUCCAGCCAGCAGAAGCGAUCCAGCCAGCAGCAGCGUUGCAGCAGUCCAGCCAGCAGCAGUCAUCCAGCCAGCAGCAGCGAUCCAGCCAGCAGCAGUGGUCCUGGCAGCAACAGAAACAGCAGCUGCAGCAGCAGCAGCAGCAGUGGUAG